ACAUGGAUACGCAAGCCUACUUGAUGAACCAAGGCUGGUCAGGUCCAGGCAACCCUCUGAAUCCCUCCAGGCGGCCAGGGAUACACGGCGGACUUGGUCUAACUAAACCAAUUCUCGUUGCACGAAAAAAAAAUACGUAUGGUGUUGGAAAGAAAACAACACACGAUCAUACAAACCAAUGGUGGCUACGCGGAUUUGAAGCAGCGCUGCGCGGUAUUGGAACAGAUGGAAAUUCGACGCAAACCAGUGAAGAAUCUAUCCCAACAACGCCGACAAGUGAGCUUUAUAAAUUCUUUGUACGAGGGCAAGGUCUUGCAGGCACGAUUAAGCCAAGUGAAUCCAACCAAAACCUACAAUCAUCGAAACAAGAUCGUAUUACCCCCACCAGCUCAGUCGAAAACGGCACAUCGAAUCAGAAGAAAAAGAGAAAGCGAGAGGAUAUAGAAGGGUCACCGACUACCAACUUGUCUCAGGAAAAGAAAAAGAAGAAAAAGAAAGAUAAAAAGGCAGAAUUGUGCGUUGAUGAAGUCCGAGUCUCGUCCGGUAUUGCCACACCACCAGAUGAAGAAGACUCAAAGGGUAAAACCGUUUCCGCCGAACCUGCUAAAGAUGAUAUCUUGGAGAAAAGAAGAAGAAAAGAAGAAAAGAGAGAGAAAAAGAGAGAGAAGAAGAAACGGAAGGAGAUGAAUUUGGAGACUGAGCCCAAUACACAAUCGCUUACCUCUGAUCAUAUAUCCUCAGAAGAAUGUUCUAUGAAGAAGGGACAAGAAGUCGAGAAAGCUACUAAGAAAGCAAAACUUGAGAAGAAAAGGGAGAAAAGAGAGAAAAAAGAGGGAAAGGAGAAAAAGUCGAAAAAGAGUAAGAAAGAUAAACUCCGGUCCGGCGAUUAA